AUGCGCGUGUCGGGCCUCGCCGCGCUCCGCGAGGCGACGGCGCGGUGGGGGCUGCCGCACGCGUCCACCGCCGACCUCGUCGCGCGGCAGCGCCAGCAGCAGAAGCUCGUAGAGCGGUGCGGACCGCCCGUCACCAUGCCAACCAGGCACGGCGAGUUCAUCGCGCACACGUACCGCCCCCCCUCACGCGGCUCGCUGUGCGUAGGCCAAGAGCACAUCGCCCUCGUCAAGAACCGACCCCCUGCGGGCGCGACGGCGCCGCUGGUGCGCGUGCACUCGGAGUGCUGCACGGGGGACGUGUUUGGGUCUCUGCGUUGCGAUUGCGGGCCGCAGCUCGAGAAGGCGCUGCAGGCGAUCGAGCUCGACGGCUGUGGUGUCUUGCUGUACCUGCGGGGGCAGGAGGGGCGCGGCAUCGGCCUCGGGGCAAAGAUGCACGCGUAUGCGCUGCAGGAGCAGGGCGUGGACACGCUCGACGCAAACUUGCAGCUCGGUUUGCCCGCCGACUCGCGCGAGUACGGCACCGGCGCGCAGAUCCUGGCCGACCUCGGCAUCCGGGACAUGCGCCUCAUGUCAAACAACCCGAAGAAGUUCUCGGGGCUCGCGGGGUUCGGGCUGCGCAUCGUCGAGCGAGUGCCGUCGCACGUCGCGCCCAACCCAAACAACAUCAAAUACCUCCGGACCAAGGAGGAGCGGAUGGGCCACCUGUUAGACCUCGCCGACAAGAUCGAUCCGGGAGGCGUGGGCGGCGACGCCAUUUAG